AUGGCGAUUACACGUAUCCGUCGUGCCGCUGAUGGCGGUGUUGCGCAGGCCGUAGCUUCUGUGAAAGAACACCAGAAAUUCAAAAAAAUGUUAAUGUUCGGCAUGCGCUCACUGUCUGAUUUUUGCAAUCCUCAAUUACAAUUAUACGUGGAGAAUGCUCUAGAUGCGUUAAAUCGUGAUGUAUUGCCGAGUUUGGUAACGGCAUUAUCAAAUUUCGGUGAUGAUGAGGAUAUCAUAUUCUCAUGUAGUCAGAUUUUACAAGCUAUGGCUCGUGCUUGUGUUGAAGAAUCCGAAAAUCAAGAUUUAUCUAAAAAAUUUAUUAAAGAUGGCGGUAUCACCGCCAUUGAACUUAUACUUAAUCAGAGCCCCCAAGAAGAUGUCGUACUUGAUUACUGCUACACAGUGUUUGAGUGCUUCGGAAAACUACAACGGUUACCUGAUGGCGGUGCUGGACUUGCAGGUACUAUCUGUAAAUCAGUUAAAGGGGCACCGUCCAUGGCUCCAUCUGUCGCCAGUAGGGCACUUAUGUGUCUAUCUUCUAUUUGCGUCUCAUCUUCGGGGCCUGCUAAAAUGAAGCAACAUGACGGUGUGAUUGUCAUGUUACAGUUAUGUCUCUCGUUACCUUCUGAAAAGUCGAAGGUAGCGGUGGUUGAGAGUGCUAUGAAAUCUGCAACAUCUGUAGCUGCUGCUGGGAUGUUAGAUAAAACAUGCUUAGAUUCCGUUAUCCGUGUAAUAGAAAAAUACAAGACCUCAAAGUUGGUUGUUACUCACGGUAGUGACAUUGUCAAAUCAAUUGUCAGCACUGCAGCAUUGAAACAAAGUUUAAACGAUAUUCAAAAGUGUCAGGCAGGUUCACCGGGGCAUCAAGCUGCGGUCGACACUCUUCGUUCUUUAUCCUACAUUUCUUCUGUAGGUGAGCAAUUAGCUAAGGAUGGUGCCUUGGGCCUUAUUGUGGACUUGAUUAAGAAUGCCACAUCACAGUUGGAAACACAUCGUGAUAUUAUGGUUAGCGUGAUAUCCGGUGCCGCGCGCAUAUUAGGCGCAGUUGCCGCGAACCGGAGUUAUUGCGAGGAGGUGGUUAAAAAGGGUGGUGUAGAGAAUUUAAUAGCGGCUCUACAACCAUGCAUGACAGAUGGAGCUUGUGUUGCAAGUAUAGGUGAUGCUUUAUCCCAACUGUUACAAUCAGGACCUGAUGCUUUUAUCAAGACCGAUGCUAUUGCUAUUACAUUACCUGUUUUGUACGAAAUGGCGGAUCAGGAAAAUGUAUCCAUGUCUCUUCUUGGAUUUGUUUCUGUAGCGUCUCAACAGAGUGAGCUGCAGCCCAUAUUUUUAUCAAACAAGAUUAUCGAGAUCUUGUGUACAUGUAGUCAGUAUCAUACUGAGAACAUGGCUAUACAUAUGAGCAUUAUCCAGGUAUUGAACCGUUUUUCAAGUUAUGUAAAGGACCUCUCUGUUGUGUACGAGUAUGGUGGUUUACAGGGUAUAUCGGCAUCCUUGUCUGCCCACUACAAGGACGACAAGUACUGCCUCGAGUCCCUGAAGCUGUUACUAACAUUUGCGUGCACCCCGGAUGCGGAACAGUACAUGAAGAGUGGCGAUACUUCUAUUAUCGACACUAUAUUGGAAUUGAUGUUGGAGCAUCAGGAAAACGAUGCUAUUUCUGGUGCCGCUAUGAAGGUACUUGAACUUCUGGCUACCGAGGAUGACGUACGUCGUGCUAUGAAAGAUCUCAGCCGAUCUUUACAAACUGCAAAGGAGAAUGCGGAUGCUGCUUUCAGCAAGAUCGCAGCCGUUACAGGUCUAUCUCGUAUUGCACGGUUACGUCCUAUAAUCUUGUCAUCUGGUAUGCCUAAGGAGAUUAUGCAAUCUGUUAGCUCAUGGGUCGAGGGCUCUAACUUCAAUGGUAGGUCUAAAUUGACCAAAGCUGCUAUGCAAUCUGCCGUGAUGACUAGUGACGACGCUGCUCAGUGUGAGGCUAUGAUCUCCACUGUCUGUGAUUUGGCUUGUUUACCUCAAGUGAAGCGUGUUAUUGACCUCGAGGGUGCGGAGGACAACUUCUUGUUACACUGUGCCGGCGCUUUGUCACAAAUGUGCUCUGUUGACCGUACCUACAGCAGUGAGCAAUGUUUGACCAUCGUCGAGAGCAUUAGCCGUGUGAUGAGGAAGCACGUGGAUAUUAAGAACGCCGAGACCCAAUGCAUCGAUGCCCUCGCACAUUUCUUACAAGUUACCGGUAACGAUGGUAUGGAUGCUCUAUUGUCAACAGGUACUAUAGUUGGUGUCGUGGGCUACCUUAUAAAGAUCCCUAUGUAUUUGCCAUGCCAAAUAGUUGGUGUUGGUUUCUUGUUAACCUCUGCUAAGAUGGAUUACCGCGCUUUGGAGUGUUUGAAGCAGUGUAACACCUACCAGUUGUUACGUGCACUUAACCGUACCCACAAGAAAUCACGUAAAUUGAAGAUAUUGGUAGGCGAGUUGCUCAGUAUGAUCAUGCCUCCGGAUGCUUUCGAGGCCGAGUUGACCCAACUAUUGGCUGAUCUUGAGAAGGGUAUGGCAUCUAACGAUAUUUUGGCAGUGCAUACCGCCUUGUCAUCUAUGAACCAGCUUUUGAUUAGCAAGGAGUGUAUCCGCAUAGCCGUGCGUCUGAACGUUCCCACGGUUUUGGCCAAGACCUCCGAAUGGACUUUACGUAACAAAGCUUUGGCCGAUAAGGUACAGAUCGUUGAGCCUGAUGAUGUUUCUGGGAAGGACCUGGUUGACUCGAUUAUGUUUGAGAUAGCCCAAGCUAUAUUUAACCUGUCUCAGAACCGUGUAGGUUUGAUCGCCAUGACAAAAUUGGGUACCUGUUCCACGGCCUUGAUGGUCUAUGAGAAUGUAAAGGGUCCUGUUACCCCAAUAGUUGAGGACGGUGCCUGUGCGUCAUUAGAUGCAAUGACCCUUCUGUUCAUUCAUGACCAUGCUAACGUGGAUGCUGCUUUAAAGAGCGACGUGCUCACUAAAGUGUGUCGUGGGUUCACAUUGUUCCAAAACUGCCCUAACGUGAUCCGUAGUAUUUGCAAGUGCCUGGCCGCCAUGUGCAUUACAGAAGCGCGUGCCAAGGCCCUGGUUGAGAGCCCUGAUUUCAACAAAUUGAGUGCCACUCUCGUCAGUUUGGUUGAAAACAGUGAUGAGCAGGUAUCACUUGGUGCCGUUAAAGCUGUAGCUGAGCUCCUCAGGUGUGAGAACCGACUAUUGCUAAACCACUUCUCUAAGAAGACUAAUUUGAUAGACGCUCUAUUCAAGAACAUCGAGAUGCAUCCGGAUAAUACUAAGCUUGUUGCCCUGUCUGCCACUUGUCUUAACUAUUUCGGCAAGGAUGUACUGGCUACCCGCAAGGACAUCCCUGCAGUGUUGGCUAACAUUACCAAGGCAUUGAAUGAGAACAAGAACGUUGGUACCACAGUGUUGCCAUUAUUGAAACUUCUGGUUCAGCUUUGCGCUCCCGAGACUAAGCAAGAACUCAAGAGUUCAGGUGUUAUGGAAGUAGUGAGUGACGUGAUGAUGGUCCACAUCGAUGACGAGGCUAUAACAACAGUUGGUGGUGAGCUUUUCGGUUAUUUGGGUGCCGAGGCCCAGAUCCGUGCCCUCAUGCGCAAUGUUAUAGACGCUGUCCAGAUGCGUCAGGAUACAAUGGCACAAGAGGUAGAUUCUAUGUGUCUCCGUUUGGCUAUGUACCUGUUGUCACCACUUGAGAACCGUGCCGAUGCCCUGGCUGAUACUGAAGAGUUUUUGGCUGCUCUAAACACUUGCAUGGCAUACGCUGCUGAUAAUAAGAACCUUAUAGCGAAUGCGACGUUGGUAUCUCGUCGUUUAGGUGAUGCAGUUUUUGAUGAUUUCGAAGACCAAUUUGGUGCAUGGGCUAUAGCUAAUUCGAGUAACUUGCAACAGAUUAUAGCUAUAUUGAAUUCGGAAUAUGGUGGUAGCAAUGUUAAAUUUUUAUGCCAUGCCUACCGGGUGUUCAGCUGUUGUGCUGUUAACACUUAUGUUACCGACAUGAUGCAAGCUGAAUGUGCCACUGUGUUACCACGUACUAUGGAACUACUAGAGCGUUACCAAGGCAAUCCGGAUGUAGUCCACUCUAUCCUCGAAUUCCUAUCACAUCUUUCCAAGGCCCCUGCUACCGAAACUUCACCAGAAUAUUCAGGUAUCAAGUUGAUCCUUGACCAUUGUCAGAAACGCAAUGUUGACGCUGUCGCGCUCCUUACCGACCUGAUGGUCACCCACAAGCAAGUUGACAAUUUGGUUAUCCCAGCCAUGCAAUUGAUUGGUGACUUUGUAGCUAGUGGUUUAUACAAGAACGAGCAAUCUGUUAAGGCGGCCCUAUCUGCAGCUGAGCGUAUCUGUAUCGGUGACGUCUCGGAGCAGCGUAAGCUUGCUUAUAUGGACAUGGUAGCACGUGUGCUCGGUAGUUUGGACAACGCUGAGGCUUGUCGUGUAAUGGAGAACAUCGUCCAGAUGUUGAAUGCCGGUGUUAUUGCUCGCAAAUCCCCCGAGGUGCUCUCUGCAUAUGGGCGUAUCCUUGCUGCAGCUGCAGCAUCGGAUACCGAAGGCAAGGAUGUAAUGCGUCAUCUUAACAAAAUCGGUGCUAUCAAGAUGUUAGGCGAGCUCCUGGAGGACCGUUCUUUGAUUGACAAGGGUUCCUUGAUGUCCGUAAUCCAAUCAUUGAAAUCUAGUGUGAACUCCUGCCCACCUUGCGCGGUACUGUUACUAAAAGAAGCUUUGCCUAAACUGAUUGAUAGCGGUUCUGAUUUGUUAACAUCAGACCCUGAGUGUAGUAUGGCCUUCUGUGACCUAUUGUUGGAUGCUGUUAGUAUCGAGGGUGUUGGUCGUGUUCUUGCUGGUAUCGAACCAGUUAUGAACUUGUUACACAACUUACAGGUGAAGGCUAAGGAAACUGGUAACAAACCAUUGAACGAUGCUGUUCUCCAGAUCCUCAAAGGUAUUGCUAAUGACCAACCUAAGAUCCGCAAUUGCCAGAGUAUCUAUUUGAUGCUUGAAGAACGUAAGAGUGAGAACAAGACUCUAUCUUUACUUCAGGCAAUGGAGCUUACUGACGAUGCGAAUUUCCUAUUACAGACCAUGGCUAAAUACAACGGCAAGGUUCUAUCAUAUGAAGAAGAGGAUGGUAAAGAUUUCAUAUACGGUUCUAUGGCGUUUGACAUGCUCUUAUCUGAGAGGGAAAACAUCCAAUACCUUGUGGACAACGGUAUUUUGGAAACCUUGAUCGACGCUUUGGCUAAACAGACUCAUUUGAACAUAACUAACUCUGUGGCUACGGUGUUAUGUACCGGUUCUUUGGAGCCUAAUUUGGUCGCCAAGCUGUUAACUCGUAAAGAUUCUGUCCAGAUUAUUGGUGGUUAUUUACGUCGUGUUCACGAGGGUAAAAAUGUGAUUAUCCCUCCAACUCCAGAAGGCUCAGACAGCAUAGUUGAAGUGGUUUUGAUAAACGCGUUAUUAUUGGUCGAGCGUACCGCUGUAAACCGUCGUAUAUAUCUGAAAUCAGAUGUUAUCCAUGUAGUUGUUAGUGUCUGGAACGCUUAUGAUGAUAAGAAAUAUGUUAUGACAAGGAUACUUCGUCAAACGUUCCGUACCCUUCGUAAAAUAGUUGCUGAAGGCCAUCUCGACAUUAUGUUGAAGUGUAACAUGGUAGCUCGUAUUAAGCAGAUAUUGGCUACUUCGCAGGAUGUCAAUUUGAUCCCUGAUGCAUUAUUCUUGGUUGGUAGCAUGGCCGUGGUUAAACAGAUCAAAUCUCAAAUUUGUGAAUUAGGGCUAUUGGAUGGGAUUGUUAACUUGAUGAACCGUCAUGUUGGUAACCCCGAUUCUCCAAAUGCCAUUAUCACUAAUACCUGUCUAGCCCUUGCCAACGCAUGUAUAGGUCAUCGUCAGGCUACCGAGCGUUUCUUGCAAUUGAAGGGUCCAGAAUUGAACGUUCGUAUUUUGAGAGAUUAUGCUGAGGUACACGAGAUCACUAAUGGUGCCAGUAUCCUUCUAUGUAACAUGUUGUAUAAGAACGACAGUUUGAAAGAUGUCUAUGGUAAACUUGGUGCUCCUGAAGCUUUAGUUCGUUGUUUACGUGCUUACGCGGGUUCGAACGAGGGUUUCGCUAUGAGGUGUAUCGAAUCAAUGUUCAAGGCUAUUUCUAACCUUGCGCUCUAUGCAAGUAACGUUGCACUAUUUCUGAACGCUGGUAUCGAAAAAAGUUUCUGUGCAUGGUUAUCUGACCUUGAACCAUCAUUUUCAGAUGUACAAUUGAAAACUGGUCUUCAGACCCUUUCUAACCUUGUUAUGGACAACAAGGAAGAGAACAUGCGCAAGUUUUCCGUACUGCUGUUACCAGUACUCCAUGUAUUAUCUCAAGAGCGUUCUGAUAGCAAAGUUGCGCUAUUGCUUUUUGAUAUUUUAAGUUCACUCUGUCGUCAUCCUGAGAACACUGAGAUAUUUUUGGCCAAUGGUGGUGCAGAGAUGUGUAUCCAAACUAUGCGUCGUGUGAGUUACGAUUUGGUAACACUUACAUUGGGCAUUAACCUUUUGGCAGCGCAGACCGGUACCCCAGCAGGUGUCCAGAAGCUUUUGGAGUUGGAUGUGUUCAGUUUGUUACUUGCUAAUUUGACAUUUGAGGAGUACACUCCGGAGUUAACGGAUAUACUAAUAUCUACUUUACGUUGUUUGAGGAAAUUGGUAACUACACCAGAGAUGGUAUACCUUUUCUGCAGUCAAGAUGGGCUUGCUACCGCUAUAACAGUUUCUCGCAAGACACAGCAGUCACCCGCUAUAGUAAUAGAAUCGUUACGUCUGUUAUUGGGUAUGUUGGAGCUUACUGAGACCCACGAGGAGGGUGCUGCUCCCGCUUGGGAGAACAUUGGUAUGGAGAAGGAGGAUAUUGACACGGUUCUUGGUAUAGUGUGUGUCUGCUGUUCUAUAGAGCAGGCCCAAAAGAUGCCGCGUUUACAGAAGAUUCUGUUUAGUAUAAUGGGUUACUUCCUGUCCCAAGGUCUCGGGUCAGAAGUGUUGAUAGUGAACAAUUUCUCAUCACUAUCUUAUACGUAUUUGUCUAACUUUUCAGGAACUUUGGAUAUGAUAGUUUUGAUGACCGCGGUGCUUGAGAAUACUUUCACUGUGCCUGCUGAGGUGCGUAACAACAUGUUAUCUAAGGAGUUGAUGAAGAAAUACCGUGACGUAACUUCAGGUUUACCUAACAAGAAGCCUGAAGACAAAGCUUUCUAUAGUCGUUGUCAUAGUUUGGUAACAGCUUUGGCAUCUACCGAUAACAAGACUUUGGAAUCUACUGGCCGUUUCAAUUUCGCUUUAAGCGAAUGGAACGUCGAUCCUUACCCCCAUGGUAUCCACGACUUACCAGAGCCUGUUAAACAGACACUACGUACAGGUGGUCGUGUUAAAGGUUACAUUCGUGAUAACCCAACUCGCGUGGGUAUCCGUUGGCGUUCAAGUCAGGACUUGAACUUUUUGGAAUGGGGUCCGGAAGAGGAGGAGUUCCCAUACCGCAUUGCUAUUCGUCGUAUUCGUAACAUUGCACGUGGAUUGCGCCACCCCGUGCUAGAAGCUGCGAAUGCGAAGGAGCCUCGUAAGGUUACUAACAACACAUGUUUCUGUAUCCUUGGUUCCGCUACUGAGGACUUCCCCGAGGGGUUCACACUACCUAUAAAGUGUAAGAAUAUUAAAGAGCGCGAUGCCAUCGUGGAGCUCAUGGUCCAGUGGCGUGACGCCGCUACGUACAAUUAUUAG